GAGACCUCCUCUUGCACUUUCCUCUGAGGUUCGGGGGUAUGGCUGAGGUCCUCUGAACUGCCGCCCAGUGCACCCCAACUAGGAAGAAUGGCGGCGUCUCUCCUUGCUUUCCUGCUGCUGCUGGUCGGAGGCAUGUUCUCCACAUCCACCCCACCCCCUGGGUCGCUAGAGAAAGUCUUCCAGUACAUUGAACUUCAUCAAGAUGAAUUUGUGCAGACGCUGAAGGAGUGGGUGGCCGUCGAGAGCAACUGGGUGCAGCCGGUGCCCCGCCUGCGACGAGAGCUGCACCAGAUGGCGGGCCUGGCUGCGGACCAGCUCCAGGGCCUGGGAGCCCGCUUGGCCUCGGUGGACACGGGCUUUCAUCAGCUGCCUGAUGGUCAGACCCUCCCAAUACCUCCCAUCCUCCUGGCUGAACUGGGCAGUGACCCCAAGAAGCCCACGGUGUGCUUCUCCGGCCACACGGAUGUGCAGCCUGCCAGACAGGAGGACAGGUGGCUCACGGACCCGUACACGCUGACGGAGGUGGAUGGAAAACUUUAUGGCCGAGGAACAACAGACAACAAAGGACCUGUUUUAGCAUGCAUCAAUGCGGUGAGCGCAUUCAAGGCCCUGGACGAGGGUCUCCCGGUGAACGUCAAAUUCCUCAUCAAAGGGAUGGAGGAGGCCAGGUCUCUAGCCCUGGAGGAACUUGUCUGGAAAGAAAAGUCUGGGUUCUUCUCGAGUGUGGACUGCAUUGUGAUUUUGGACAACCUGUGGAUUAGCCAGAGGAAGCCGGCACUCAUCUAUGGGACGCGGGGGAACAGCUACUUCACUGUGGAGGUGAAGUGCCGGGAUCAAGAUUUCCACUCGGGGACCUUUGGUGGGAUCCUCAAUGAAUCCAUGGCGGAUCUGGUCGCUCUUCUUGGCAGCCUGGUGGACAAGUCUGGCUGCAUCCUGGUCCCUGGGCUCUAUGAGCACGUGGCCCCUGUUACAGAAGAGGAGAAGAGGAUGUACGAGGCCAUCGACCUGGACGUGGGCGAGUUCCGGAGCAGCAGCCGGGUUAAGGGGCUCCUAUUUGACACCAAGGAGGAACUUCUAAUGCACCUGUGGAGGUACCCAUCUCUUUCUAUCCAUGGGAUUGAGGGUGCGUUUCAUGAGCCUGGAGCCAAAACAGUCAUUCCUGGCCGAGUCAUAGGAAAAUUCUCCAUCCGGUUAGUGCCGCACGUGGAUAUGUCUGUGGUGGAGACCCAGGUGAAGCAGCAUCUUGAAUACAUAUUCUCCAAAAGAAACAGCUCCAACCAGAUGACUGUUUCCACGGCACUAGGACUGCACCCGUGGAUUGCAAAUAUUAGCGACCAUCAGUAUCUUGCAUAAAAAAGAGCCAUCAAAACAGGUUGGACUUAAGAUAUUUUGAGUUGCCAGUUUACCAUGGGGGGUGGUGCCUGGUGGAGCAGUGGAUAAGGCAGGUAAGGUUAAAACCUCAGCGUCAUUGUCCUUUUCCUAUGGGCUGUAUUACCAUGCACAAUGUUCUGUCUCAUGAGUCUUCUCUAUUACUGUCCCCAUUUUAUAAACAAGGCCUGAAGAGACAAAGUAAUUUGCUGAAGGGCUCCCAGCUAUUAGUGGAAAAGCCAGCAUUUAAGCUCACACCAGGAGACUUGAAUUUUGGGGAAAAUGAUGGACUUGAAAACCUCCAGUGCUCAUGGAAAUGAUGGGAGUGUGGAAAGAGUUAGCCGCUCAGUCAUGUCUGACUCUUUGCGACCCCAUGGACUACAGCC